AUGUCUUGUCUACUGUGGUUUUUGUCGAAGUUUCGUCCGAAGACACGGGAACGGCCGGAUGGCGACCGUGAAGAGGACGAACCUGAGACCCAGAAAAAAAGCAAACAUGAAAAAAAAUGGAAGUGUAAAAACUGGAGGAGGAUUUUUAAGAAAAAGAAGAAGGUGGAGGGUGAUGGAGAGGCAGGACAGAGCAGUGUAAUGGAGAAGCCAUUAAACAUUUACAAUGGAGAUGGUGCUGAAGUGCUCAUGGUUCUGGUGGAGAAAACUGAACCUGAUCCUGCAGAUAGAGAGGAUUUGAUGAACUGCAGGCUGGAUGGAGCUGAGAAGAUUAUCAGCCAGCAGCAGACUCCACAUCAAAUCCUGGAUGGAACUGAUGAAGCAGCUGAAGAUAGAGCUGUUGAAGAUCUCGGGAACUUCCUGCUGGAUGAGAAUGAGGCUGAUGCCGACCAUCCUAAUGGAAAUGAGAUCUUGGGAGUGAUGGACCUAAACACAGAGACUGAGGAUGAGGAUUGUAGAGAGCUCAUGAACUUCCUCCUGAAAAAAACUGAGGAACAGAUUGAGCUCCUAAAAAUGAACGAUAAAGAAGUUGAGUUUGAGGCCAUCACAGAGCUCAAAGAAAACAUGAUGGAUGAUGUGGAGACGCCGUGCAACAAACUUCUGGAAGGAGAUACGAUCACAGAGGAGAUGGAUGCAGAAGGUGGACUUGCAUUAGUUAAAGAGUUGGUGAACGUUCUCCUGGAAAAGACAGAGGAAAAGAUUGAGCUUCUGAAUGUUAAAGAUGCAGAAGCUGAGACUGAAAACCUCAUGGAGAACAUGCUGGAUGAUCUGGAUGGAUCUGGAGAGCAGCUUCUGGCAGGAAAGAAGGUUCCAGAAGCAAUGGAUGAAGCAGUUGAGACUGAAACAGCUGAGGAUGUGAUGAAGUUUCUCCUCAAUAAGAGUGAAGCCAGCAUGGAUGAAGGUCUUGAAAUGGUGGUGGAGGUGAUGAAUAUGGUGGAGGUUGAAAAUGACAUUAGAGCUGAGGUUGAACAGAUACUGAACCUCAUCCUGGAUGAGAUCGAGCUAAAAGUCACAAAGCAGCAGAAUGAAGUGGACGAGAUGGAGAAGAUUAACCAGCAGAUUCUGAUGAUUAAAGAUGAAGAGAAGGACAUUAAGAAAGAUGAGCUCCUGAAUGAAGGAGGGGAUGGAAACCUGAAGAAGAAGAGGGUGAGGAGAGGAACACGGGGACACGGUCGGAAAAUCAAUUACAAGAGGAGAGAGAAAGAGGAAUCUGGUAAAGCAGAAGAUCAGAUUCCAGAUGUUAUGGAUGUUGUGGAGGCUGAAGCGGGCAUCAGAUCUGAGGUUGCCCAGAUGAUGAACAUCCAGGAUGAGACUGAAGCCAGUAAUGGCCAACAUCUGGAAAAAGAACCCACAAUGAAGUUAAUGGAUAAAGAAGGGGGUGGAAAACUGAAAAAGAGGGUGAGGAGAGGAACAAGAGGAAAAGGACGAAAAAUUAAUUACAAAAAGAAGGAAGAAGUGGAACAGGUUGUGGAGAAUAAAGAGCCUCACAGAGAAGAUCUGCUGAAGGUCAGAAAAGAGCAGGAGGACGAAGAGAAGCCACCUAUUCAGAGGUGAUGAGAAAUGCCUAUGGAGGAACAAGCUGGUACGGACCAGAAUACAGAAUGAGAACACCCUACUGGUACCAAUAUGGCCAGCACCCCCCAGAACCUGUGUGGAGAAAUUAUGGGAUGGAGGAGAGGAAUGACUGGAGAUAUGGAGGCCGUCAGUGGGAGAGGAGAAACUUGUGGACACCACCAGCCCCAAAUUAUUAUUAUUAUCCAAAUUAUUAUUAUAACCAGAAUUAUUAUUAUUAUUGAAUAAAUAAAAUUAAAGCACACCUGC